AGGUGCAUUAUUCAGUUAGUUGUUAGAACAACAUCGACGAUAACAUAAUCAAAAAUUUAAAAAAUGGGAAAACUUGAAUUGUACGCAAUUGAUGCAAGUGCGCCAUGUCGGGCUGUUUUACUAACUUUGAAAGCAUUGAAUGUGCCUUUCGAAUACAAACUGGUCAACUUAAUGACUGGUGAGAAUCGAACACCGGAAUACCUCGCCAUUAAUCCACUUGGCACAGUACCAACUUUAGUUGAUGACGGAGUGGUACUCACUGAUUCGCAUGCUAUUAUCACAUAUGUGGUUGACAAAUACGGCACUGAUGAUUCGCUAUAUCCAAAGGAUCUAGUCCUUCGCGCCAAGGUCAAUCAAGCUUUAUUCUAUGAAGCCACCGUGGUUUUCGAUCGCACACUCCUCAGUAUUAGCAAACCGAUAUUUACUAAUAACACUGUGGUUCCGGCUGCCAAAAUUGAUGCAGUCUUUAAAGUAUAUGAGCAGCUGGAAAGUUUCCUGCAAGCACAUCCAUACUUCGCUGGCGAACAGCUAACGGUGGCCGAUUUUUCACUCGUCGCUACAGUAACAGCCUUAUUCCCUUUCGCCGAACUCGAUGCGGGUAAAUACCCGAAAAUCCAUGAAUGGAUUAGGCGACUGGAGCAGCUGCCGUACUAUGCCGAAGCGAACGCUGCUGGGGUGAAGCAAUAUUAUGAUGUUCUAAAAGCAAUUGGUUUUAAGGUAUUAAAAUAAAAACACUGUGGUCAAUAAGUGAAAAAGUGUAUUUCAAUAUUAUAUCAAUAAAUAAACAAUAUAUGC